AACCAUGGCGUCCCGGAUGAAGCAGCCCCAGGGACGUGGCAUAUCCUCUAUAUUUUCUUGCUGCUUUAAAGGUAGUGAACAACCAGAGAUCACCUACUGUCAUGACAACCCCAACAAUGCUACUGUACUGGAGCCCACCCUGCCAAUGCCCCCCCUUCCAGAGCUGGACUCUCUAUUCACUGAGCUGGUGGAUGAACUGGACCUCACAGCUGAAAACAGAGCCGCCAUGUUUUCUUUGCCAGCAGAGAAAAAAUGGCAGAUCUACUGUGGCAAGAAGCUGCGGCUGAAGCGCGACCGAGGUGAUCCAUCCGAAGAGCCAUUGCGUGGAUACGGGGGCUCCAAGGACAUCAUCACGGUCCUUCUUGGAGAGCGCCGUGAGUCCUAA